ACGACUUGUAUUAUAAACAAACUUCUUUCACUGAUACCACAAGCUAUUUCAGAAAAGAUUAUGCAGCCUUACAGUGAUUUGGCCUCCGGCAAUGUUUUUCAUCCAAGGACACAACCUGUAACAUCACGGCAAGAAAGCUCGAGUUAUGGUCAAGACACUGCGUUCAUGCAGAACCUGGCUCUACAUAAAGCGGUCGACAGUGGGGAUUGGGAGGCUGCAAAGAAAUUUCUUGAAGAUCAUCCUGAUGCACUGACAGCUAGCCUAUCAGCAGAUGGGGAUACAGCCCUCCACGUUGCGGUUCUGGCAGGGCAUGUAGAGAUAGUUGAGGAGCUAUUGACACUGUUAGAUGCAGAGGACUUGGAAAUGAAAAACAAGAACAAUGCCACUGCACUUAAUUAUGCUGCCAUUGGAGGAAUCACAAGGAUUGCUGAGGGCUUGGUGAAUUCCAGAAAAAACUUGCUCAGCAUUCCUAAUCAGAAUGGCCUAAUACCUGUGGUUGUAGCUUCUCUCUAUGGUCAUAAAGACAUGGCUCGUUAUCUCUACAAGGAGAGCCCGAAAGGGGAACUCAGUCCUGAGAAAGGCAAGAACGGGAUUAUGCUUCUCACAACUUGUAUUGUUGAUGAUCUCUAUGAUAUUGCUUUGGACUUGCUUCAAAAUUACCCAGAAUUAGCAUAUCAUCAAGAUAGUGACAAAGAUACAGCACUUGAGAUGUUGGCUCAGAAACCUUCUGCAUUCCCCAGUGGAAGUACACUUCCUCUGUGGCAAAGUUGGAUAUACAUGUGUAUCCGUGUCCCUGAGUCUCAACCCUCUAGCAAUGGAGACAUUGAAAGUCCUCGUAGUGGAAGAUUAAUAAGAAGAAACAUCAUCAGAAGAGUAUUUCACAACCUGUUAGUAUGGAUUUGGAAAUGGCUAAAACCAUUAGUUCCAGGACUCGAGUAUUUGUAUAACCUGAAGUUGACCCAUGUCCAAGCACAUGAACUCCUUUGUUGCCUAUGCCAAGAAAUAUCAACUCUGCAUAAAUCAGAAUUCGAGAACAUUGGAGUGUAUAGAGCCAUAUUCAAAGCUGUCAAGCAUGGAACUGUUGAAUUUGUUGAAGAGAUGACUAAACAUUAUCCUGACAUCAUUUGGUGCGAGGAUGAAUGCAACCGGGGGAUAUUCAUGUAUGCAGUUCUUCAACGUCAGGAAAAGGUUUUCAACCUUAUAUAUAAAAUGGGUGCAAAGAAGAACUCCAUUGCAACUUCUUGGGAUAAAUAUUUUAAUAACAUUUUACAUCAAGCAGCAUCCCCACCACCAUCUUCUCAGCUUGAUCGCGUUUCGGGUGCAGCACUGCAAAUGCAAAGGGAGUUGCAGUGGUAUAAGGAAGUGGAAAGUAUUGUACAACCCAAGUACAAGGAGAUGGUCAACUUUCAACGUAAGACUCCUCGUGCUUUAUUUACAGAAUCCCACAAGAAAUUAGUUGAAGAAGGCGAGAAAUGGAUGAAGGACACAGCUACAUCCUCCACUGUCGUGGCAGCACUAAUUGCUACGAUUAUGUUUUCUGCAAUCUUUACAGUUCCUGGAGGUUAUGAUCAAUAUGGAAAGCCUCUAUACUUGUAUGAAGGUGUAUUCAUGGUUUUCAUGGUAGCUGAUGCAAUGUCAUUGUUUGCUUCCACAUCUUCGAUACUGAUGUUUUUAGGAAUCUUGACAGCGCGAUACAGAGAAGAAGACUUUCUCAAGUCCUUGCCAACCAAAUUGAUUGUAGGUCUUUCUACUCUUUUCUUCUCUAUAGCAACAAUGAUGAUAACAUUUGGAGUAGCUCUUUUUACUUUUCUUCGCGAGCGUGUAUCUUGGGUUUUAUUUCCCAUUAUUUUGCUCGCCAGUCUUCCAGUUACUCUCUUUGCUCUCUUGCAAUUUCCUCUCCUUGUUGAGAUUUUCUUCUCCACAUAUGGGCUUGGCAUUUUUGAAAAGUCGAGGAAGUGGAGGUUAUUUUGAGCAGUUGGCAUGGUAUGUAUAAGGAACAAGCCAAUUAGAAAUUCUAAGGAAUAUCAUAUGUACUUUUCUUGGAUUUGUACACUUCUAAUUAAAUGUUUAUCUAUCUAUUUAUUUACA